AUGAGUUCGCGGCCGGGGACGCGUGCGUCUUCCUCGGCGACUUCAACUGGAACCCGCGGGAUUCGAGCUACAUGCUGCUCGAGAGCGGCGGCGACGUCGCCGCAGUGGCAGCCGCAAAACGACACGUUCCGUCAGGAGGUCAUGGGACUCGAGCCUGCCGCGCAGCUGGCGAGCAGGUCCGCGCCGGGCGGCCUGCGGAGCGCCUACAAGGCCUUCCACGGCUCCGAGCCGCGCUUCACGAACUACGCCCGCAACCGCGACAACCCGCCCUUCUGCGAGACCCUGGACUACAUCUCGAGGAGCGCGACGUGGCACUGA